AUGUUCAAGCAGCUGUCGCAGAUAGGUAAAAAUCUUAGUGAUGAGUUCGCUAAGGGAUUGUCGGAAGAUUUGAAUGCUGGCCAAGAAGCUGUGGUCGAUGACAAAAGUGGGCUGCCGCAGGAGAUUCAGCUCAAAUUGAGGAAAUUUGAGAAGUAUGAAGAGAAGUAUCCUCGGCUUCUGGCUGCUUACAAGAAUGAUAAAUUGAGACUUGAGAAGAUAGGUGCAGCAGAAAAGGUGCUUGCCGAGAAUACGCCGGUGUCCAACAUAGAUGACGCUGAAUCCUUGGAAGCUUUCUUCAAGGACAUGAACGAGAAGCAGAAGAUGCUGAAUGAUGAGAUCAAGAGGCUGCUUACCUCCAGCAAAGCCGAGCCGGGCCAAGCGGAGUCCCUUGAGUCGGCGGAGGUAUCUGGGGAUGGCAAAAAGGAGACUAGUCCAGAGACUCUGAACGAUGGUCUUGCACAGGAAAUUUCGGAGCUGCGAGAUAAGCUUGCUGAGACCGAAGGGGAGCUCAAAGAAUCACAGGAAAAGUACGAGGAAUUUCGCCAGCAAAAGGAGCAUGAGGUUAGCGAGCUGCAGGGUAAAAUAAUAGAUGCGCAAGAGAAACUUGAGACAUCAGAAAGGUCUUUCGAGCAAGAAACUCUAAAGCUUAAGAAAAGUCUAUCGGAAACGGAGGAUCUGGUGAAGACCAGAGACGUCAGUCUUGAAGAGCUCAGAAAACAGCUAGAGGCGGAAGAGCAAGAGGUUCAAAAGCUUAACAAUCUCCUCACUGAAAGGUCGGCAGUAGCGUCUGCCGAUUCCUCAAGGAGCGCGGGCAAGAAUAAGAGAAAAGCCAAGAGAAAGAAGAACAGCUCUGCUGGUUUUACUGUGGCAAAUGGCGGGGAAGAUGAGCAUAAGAGACUUUCUGACGAAGUGGAAAAGCUGAAAGGUGCCGAAACGCGCGCGGAAGAACUGGAGAGCCAAUGUACCUCUUUGCAAUCCCAAAUAACCUCCCUUAAACAGAUAGAAGUCGAUCUGAAGGUUGAACUUGAUAAGCUUAAUGAUGGAAAUGAAAAAUUAAGAGAGGAGCUAAAGAAGAAAGAGACAGAGUUAGAAGACGUCAGAGAUAUGCUGAGGGAUGUGGGGAACGAGCUUGUCGAUGCCAAGGACCAGUUAAAAUCUACUGCUAACUCUGAGAAUGAAAAGAUUCAGUCGUUAAUUACUGAGAAAGAGACACUGAAUAAUCAGUUCGAAGCUAAAAAACAGGAACUAAUAUCAACCAUAUCCAAAUUGAAUGAACAGAUUUCAGCAGCAAGCGCUAAACUAGCUUCGCAGCAGAAUCAAACUAAGACUGUAGAGAAAAAAUACUCCAAACUGAAUGAAUCGUAUUCAAAAUUGAAGACGGACAAUGCGACGCUACUCGAUCAAGUCAACGAGGCCAACAAAACCCAAAAAACACUAAGGAUCUCGCUUUUGCAGAAGGAAAAAACAAUCUCUUACUUAGAGCAGCAAGUUAAGGAGUAUAACGAAACCUCGAGCGCUUCGAAGAAAGCAAAUGAAGACUUGAAGAAGGAAAACGAACACCUUUCGAAACGCUUGGACACUCUGAAAGCAGAGAACGAGAGUCUUCGCUGUGAGAUGAAGAAUAGCUCUUCCUUGUUCGAAAACCACAUAAGGGAAAAUGGGAAGCUUUCUGAGCGAUUGAGUAUAAUCCAAGAGAAGUAUGAGACAUUACAGAGUUUGAAAUCGAACUCCAAUGAGCAGGCUGAUUCAAUUAAGAGGCAAUGUGAAGAAUUAAACAGCAAACUGAGAGAAGCUAAUAAGAGAAUAAUGUCUUUAGAAGAAGAGGUCAGUGAUUAUACCAACAUUAUACAAGAAAAGACUAGAGAGACAAACGCAAUGCGUAGGCUACUCAAUGAGAAUAAUCACCAUGAAUCGACAAAAGAAGGUGAGUACCAAGAAAAACUAGCCGCCGUCAUUGAUGAAAAAAGCAGAUUAGAGAGCGAACUGUCCGUUCAGGCGUCACGUAGAGUUCGGGAGAGCCAGAAUUGGAAGCAGGCCAACAAUGAACUUAAAUUGGAGAUACAGAGUCUGAAGCUAAGAGAAAAGGAGCUGACUGCUGAAGUCCUCUCGUUGACUGCCUUGACCGACAAAAUGCAGAGAAAGAACUCUACCUUUGCAGAUGAUUCAGAUGAUAUGGAGAGGGUUACAGCUAACCUGAAAGAGGCCUUGUCGAAAGCUGACGGUAAGAUCAGGGACCUCCAGGAAGCGAAUGAGAAUUUAAUGCAGACCAACGAUGAUAUCAAUAAAAAAUUGGAUCGUCUCUCGAAAAAUUAUAGGACUUUGAUGAGCCAGGUUACUGUUUUAAAAGAAGAGAAGAAUGAGAGUUCUACAAGAUCAAGCCGCUCAAGCUCUGUCGCCUCUGUUAGUGGUACCCAGACGCCUCAACCUGACAUGCGCCGUUCGCAUUCGUUUGUCAAAGAAACCCCUGCCAUAGAGUCACAAAAUGAAGUAAACGAGAAGAUCGCGUAUAUCAAGAAUGUUCUGUUGGGAUUUCUGGAGCAUAGAGACCAAAGGAAUCAGCUUUUGCCAGUAGUGUCUAUGUUGUUACACUUGGACAGUAAGGAUGAAAAGCGUCUACUAAUGUCAAUAAAAUAG